AUGUCGAGCGCUGCUCAAUCGAAGCAAGGCGAGGGGCAGGUCAAGUUUGGGCCUUUUGAUGUGUCUACGCAAGUGUUUGCCCGGAACGAGGUCGCCGUCGCCUUGGUCAACAUCAAGCCCAUCGUGCCAGGUCACGUGCUGGUGAUUCCCAUCCAUCCCACACCUCUGCUGUCCGAUCUUCCACCGCAAGACAUUGCGCCUUUCUGGACGCUGGUCCAUCAAGUCUCCUCCUUCGUCAAGCACAUCUACACCGUCAGCAGCAGCACAUCUGACUCAGCGGGCACAUCAUCUUCGACAUCGGGCUCCGCAUUGACCAUCGGCGUGCAGGAUGGUACAUUGGCAGGUCAAAGCGUGCCCCACUUGCACGUGCACAUCUUGCCUCGACGCGAAGGUGAUUUCGCAGAGAAUGACGAGAUCUACACCCACCUGGAAGCGUUCGGCAUGUCCCUCUUCAAGCGGCAAAAGUCUCUACUAGAGCCAGCAGGCGUCAAAGCAGAGGUGAAGGAGAAUCAAGCAAAGCAGUCGGAAAGAGGUCUGGAUGCUUCUUCGACGCGCACAGAGAGGAGCUUGGAAGAGAUGCAAAAGGAAGCGAGAUGGUUGGAGCGCAAAUGGGACGAGGGCGAUUGGAAUCGAGAAGAGUGA